AUGAAGCACCAGGAGGCCGUGGCCUUCCACUACCUCGAAGAGGGGAGCGACCAGAUCAUUUCGCACCCGCGCGUGAUCGAGGAUUCGGCGCGCAGGAAGGACUCGAAGCGGGCCAAGAAGCGCGAGAAGCGGAAGGAGAAGAAGGCCCUGGAGCGCACUCAGAAGGAGGAGGAGCUGAAGCGAAUCAAGAACCUCAUGAAGGAGAGCAUCAAGAAGCAGCUCUCCAAGAUCCAGGAGACCAGCGGCGCCUCCGAUCUGGGUUUCGCGGAGGAGUAUCUGGAGGACGAGUUCGACCCGACGGAGCACGACCGCAAGAUGGCCUCCACGUUCGACGACGACUACUACGAAGGCGAGGGUGACGAGGAGAUGCCCGUUUUCAACGAGGACCCGGACGAGAGCGAAAAGAACUUUGGCCUCCAGAACACCGUCGGCUCGCUCAUCGGCAAUAAGCGCGCUGACGAAGAGGUUUACGAUGAAGAGGAGUACUAUGGCGGCGGCGGUGAAGAAGAAGCGGGCCAGGCCCAGCCCGAUGCCGAGGCCGAGUCGAAGCGGAAGAUGGACGAGCUGCUGGAGAAGUACUACGCGCUCGACUUUGAGGACCUGAUCGCCGGCGAGAUCCCGUGUCGCUUCAAGUACCGCCAGGUGAAGCCCAAGUCCUACGGCAUGGACGUAGAUACGAUCCUCACCCUGCCCGACGCCGAGCUCAACAAGCGCGUGAGCCUCAAGAAGCUCGCGCCCUACCGCCACUUCAACCUCAACGCCAAGAAGCGGGCCAAGCGCCGCGAGAAGCAGCUCGGCGGCGGCGGCGGCGAUGGCGGUGGUGGACACUCGCGAGCGGCCAACAGGUGGAGCAGCUCCAGCAGCAGCAGCUCGAGCAGCAAGAAGCGGGAGUGGAACGGUGACGGAGAGCAGCAGCAGCAGCAGAGCAGCAAGAAGCGCAAGUUCGAGGAGAAGAGCGAGGAGAGCGGUGACAAGAAGAAGGGGAAGAAGCAAAAGAAGGAGGGAGGAAGCAAGAUCGAGAAGAGCGCCGAGGACAAGAAGGAGAAGGAGAAGAAGAAAGAGAAGAAGGAGAAGAAGGAGAAGAAGGCCAAGAAGCAGUCUCGGGGUGAGUAA